AUGCUGAGGCAGAAGUUCAUCUGGCCGCAUGAACUCUACCGUAAAGCUGAGAGAAAGAUCCCCUGGUUCCAGUACCCCAUCAUCUACGACAUUCGAGCCCGGCCGCGGAAAAUCUCCUCCCCCACCGGCUCCAAAGAUUUGCAGAUGGUGAACAUUUCCCUGCGCGUUCUCACACGCCCCAAUGCCGCGGAGCUGCCCAGCAUGUACCAGCGCCUGGGCCUGGACUACGAGGAGCGAGUCCUGCCUUCCAUCGUUAACGAAGUGCUCAAGAGCGUGGUAGCCAAGUUUAACGCUUCCCAGCUCAUCACGCAGAGAGCCCAGGCCGACAAGCAGGACUCCUUCCUCGCCGAGGGGCUGCACUUCAGGAUCCCCUGGUUCCAGUACCCCAUCAUCUACGACAUUCGAGCCCGGCCGCGGAAAAUCUCCUCCCCCACCGGCUCCAAAGAUUUGCAGAUGGUGAACAUUUCCCUGCGCGUUCUCACACGCCCCAAUGCCGCGGAGCUGCCCAGCAUGUACCAGCGCCUGGGCCUGGACUACGAGGAGCGAGUCCUGCCUUCCAUCGUUAACGAAGUGCUCAAGAGCGUGGUAGCCAAGUUUAACGCUUCCCAGCUCAUCACGCAGAGAGCCCAGGUGUCUCUGCUCAUUAGGCGAGAACUGACAGAGAGAGCCAAGGAUUUCAGCCUCAUCCUGGAUGAUGUGGCUAUCACAGAGCUCAGUUUCAGUCGCGAAUACACAGCAGCUGUAGAGGCUAAGCAAGUGGCCCAGCAGGAGGCACAGCGCGCACAGUUUCUGGUGGAGAAGGCCAAGCAGGAGCAGAAGCAGAAGAUUGUUCAGGCUGAAGGGGAAGCGACGGCUGCCAAGAUGCUCGGUGAAGCUCUUAGCAGGAAUCCAGGCUACAUCAAGCUACGUAAGAUCCGAGCUGCUCAAAACAUCUCAAAGACGAUUGCUGCCUCACAAAACCGCGUGUAUCUCACAGCAGAUAACUUGGUACUGAACCUGCAGGAUGAGGGAUUCACCAGGUAAAGUGACAGUCUCCUACUCAAACAAGGGAAGAAAUGAAAGAAACUGAAGCCUCUUAGAACCACCGGCGCUGACCAGCAGAAGAUAACGAGUGAGGAACUUUGAACUCCCUCCACUAGCAUUGUUUGCCCUCAUUUUGAAGUUGUUAAUCCAGUAGCCAGAUUUGGUUCCCAUGCCCCUGCCCCAUCUGUGGUGAUCCAGUUACGGGAUUGGGCUCUGCCACUAGGCAGCUGUAAUCCUUACCUCGCCACGCCAGUUAAAUUUGGGGAGGGGGCAAGGAUGCUUACAGGUAUUUACCCAUGUGGAUAUAGUAAUUCACCUCUAACCUUCAUUAAUCUUUAGAUUUCUGUAGGGUAAAAUCAGAAUAUAUUUUUGGCCAAGUGAGGGAGUUCUGCUGCCAUCAGCACCAGGCUUUUUUUCUAGUAAAUUUUGUUUCUCUUUCACUCUUGAUCCCAAGAGAACCUGGGACUCAAUUCAGGAAAAUGUCAUUCAUUGGGUUCCCAUCACUGCUGGAAUAUCUAUUUGUGUCACUGUCUGCUCAGUGAUUCUUUCAAACAUUUGUAAAAAUUAAAAAAA